AUGGCGAUGCCCAGUGAGCUGUCUCUUGAGGAGAUUCGCAAUUAUUUGCUGGAAAACGGCGGCACGGCGCGCAAUCAUGACCUGGUGAAGCAUUUCAAGCGGUUCCUGACGGACCCGGAGACGCGAGUCGAGGCGAGGAAUCGAUUUAAGGAGUACGUAAACACCCUGGCCACCAUCAAAAAUGAGGAGGGCGAAAAGUAUCUGGUCCUCAAGAAGAAAUACCGGCAACCUUCCUUAGACAUGUCCUCUCCCCUGCAAGCCGGAUCCCCACUCGCCACCCCCGAUUUAAGUACACCAGAGUCGCCUCUUCGAGAGCCUCCACCUUACCGGGCACCACCACCCGCGUCCCUCAGCCCCAUCUCGAAUAAUUCGCAAGCGAUCAUCGAGGAGGCCACUCCUUCGAUUUUCGCGCGCGAAGAACAGAUAGACGACAAUUCGGAGCCCGGUGCAUCGGUAUCAUCGCCGCCUGUACCACCACGACGCAAGAGUCAGGACAAGCUUAAAAUGGAGAAUAAGGAGAACAUCGACAAGAUUGCGACUGGCGUGUUAGAUGUUGCCAUAAAGGAGGAUGCAACAUCCACGACGACGAAUCCCCCCUCGGCUGAGCAACUCAGCGUUCGUGAGCGCAUGCAGCGAUUCAACCGAAUGGCCAGCGAAACCGAUCCUGUCGCGAGGACUAACGACGCUGCCACCCCUAUUAGGAGGCGUGCGGAUAGGGGCGCUGACGAGGAUGACAGCGCUUCCGUUACCCCGCAACUGGAUGGGAAAUCGCGGGAAUGGCUGGUAAGAAUGGCGCAAGGCGACUAUCAGGCGUUGGCGAAGCUUGCGGCCGAGGAACCUCGUCUUGCCAGGCUGAAGGAUCCGACUUCCGGCUAUAUGGCUUUGCAUUGGGCUGCUAAACACGGCAAAGAAGACAUCAUUAAAUUAAUAGCAGGCACUUACAAAGACCACAUCAUGAGCGUCAACGAGAUCACGAAUGGGGGAUACACGCCGCUACACAUAGCCAUGCAAUUUGGCCACGAGAACAUAUUCAAUCUUUUGGUUCAGGUGUACGGCGCGAAUCAGGAGAUACGUGACUACAGCGGCAAGAAACCCAGGCAGUAUCUAGUCUCGCAGGAGGCGGCCGUCAGCCAGGACACGUUCCACAAAAUAAAGGCCAGAAAAAAGCAAGCAGAGAAAGACCUUGGUUUCUUACGAAUUGGUUCUUUGAACGUUCGCGUGAAACGGACGACGGAAGCCGUCAGCCAGUUCUUGGGCGUGGCAACUAGUAACACGGCAAGCAGCAGCAACAGCAACGAGAAAAUUCAUAAAUCGUGGGGAUCUGCGGAUAAUGUUCAGCUGGACAAGCUGAUGCCGCCGCCGAAGUACGCGCCCAUCAGGAAACGCAGGAGCAGGUGGCCACAGGAUUACGGCUCGUCACAGGAUCAGCAGCAGGUCGCGAGUCAGCCGACUACCCCGUUACUGCAAGGCAAGGUCAGCCGAUCAAAGCGGUCCGUUCAGCGCCGUCAGACGUGCACGUCGUCCGUCAGCUCCAGCUCCAUCGGGUCUGCCGGCAUCCAGCAGAACGGCGACUCGGACUCGGACACGGCCUGCGGCUUCGACUCUGCGUGGCGAGGAUCCGCCCAACUGUAACCAGCGUAACACAUCACCCUGGGCACUCUCGUUCACGCUUAUCCAGCACAUCCAGCGUACAGAUGCGAGGAGAUGCGAGCUCUUCAACUUCUCUUCGGCUUUUCUUCUUCAGUGGCGAGUUUUGGAGCCUUCCUCUCAUGAGGUGGUUGAAGAAGGAUAUGAAUGAUUUUCUUGCUGCUUUAGUUAUUUCUGCCGACGAAUUGAAACGAUAAUAUUUUGGACCUUCGAAUUUCUAGUUUUAAGACUUCUCUAGACUUUGAAAUGUUCCGAUUAUUAUCAUAUUUGUCAUAUUUAAUUGUUUCAUAAUGCGGAGUAACAUAGUCUGAUGUAUAUAAUAAUAAUGGGCCUUAUAACUUUGGAUUCGCGACUGUGUUGUAUACUUUAAGUUAUGUAAGUAUUUGUACGUUGCGAACUUUCGCAUAUGUCUAAACGAUACGGGUGCUCAUAUAUAUAUUUUAUGAUAAUUGAUGGAUAAGGAUCAUUUUAGUAAGUUUUAGUAAGUCUUUUCAAGGAACUUUUCGACGCGCAUUUAUCAAUAAGAGAUGUUAAUAAUUAUUUUGUGAACUAAUAUAGGGAAACAAUUAUUAAUUAUUUGUGUAUAUUAUAUUUUGUGCUGUCAUAUAAGUAAUAAACAUCACAUCUGAAUGAUA